CCCAUUUCCUUCCGUUGGAGCCUUUUGGAAACAGUCGCCGCCCCUCCCUAUAUUAAAGGCGCCUUUUGCUCCCCCUCUCUUCUCUCCUCUCCUCUCCUCUCCGCUCGCUCGCUCGCUCUCUCUCUCUCUCGCCCGCGGUGAUCUCCAUCCCUUCUGUCUUCGUUGUCUUUAUUUUGUGCCCCCCCUCAUCGAUUCCAAGGCCAGCCUCGGCCCGCCACCGGAUGGUUUGCUGACCUUGGAGAACGGAACCGGCUCCCCGUCGUCCAGGCUUUCUCGCCUGGAGUUGGUGUUUUUGGUUUUCCGUCUCCAGUUUGGUUUGUAGCUUGACUUGCUGUUUGGCGAUUGGCACAAUUUCUGGUUGUAAUCUGUAAAUCGUCUAUUUUAGGAGAUUCAAUCCUGGUGGCAAAGAAGACAUUUUUAAGGGUUAUGAUUGAGAGUAUUAGUAAGGUUUUAUAGUCUACGUAGAAGUAUACCCAGUUGGGCUUUUCUUAAGCUUCAUCGAGUUGGUUUUGAUUUGGCAUCAUGGACGCAAAACGAGGAGAGGAAACUAGUCUUGUUGGAGCUGCCUCCCAGGUGAAGGAGGGGGUAUCACAGUCUAAUUCGAAGGGGUCUGGGAGCCUUGAUGGUAAUGAUAUGUUUGUUAGAGCUGAUAAAAUUGAUCUGAGGAGCCUAGAUAUACAGCUGGAGAAGACACUCUCAAAGAUCUGGUUGAAAGAAAGAAGAGGUUCUCAGAAGCCAUCAGAAGAAUGGGAGAUUGAUCUAUCCAAGCUGGAAAUAAGGUAUGUCAUUGCACGAGGGACCUAUGGUACAGUUUAUCGUGGCGUGUAUGAUGGCCAGGAUGUUGCAGUGAAAUUGUUGGACUGGGGACAAGAUGGGGUUACCAUAGAUGCUGAAACUGCUGCUCUUCGGGCAUCGUUUCAGCAAGAGGUUGCUGUUUGGCAUAGACUAGACCAUCCAAACGUCACCAAGUUUGUUGGGGCUUCCAUGUGGACUUCAAACCUCAAGAUUCCACAAAAUGAUUCUACUAGUAAUUGCCAUAGCUCCCUUCCAACUCGAGCGUGCUGUGUUGUUGUCGAAUAUCUUGCUGGGGGAACAUUGAAACAAUACUUGAUCAAGAACAGGCGAAGGAAGCUCCCCUACAAAAUUGUGAUUCAAGUUGCACUGGAUCUUGCUAGAGGGUUAAGUUAUCUGCAUUCGAAAAAGAUUGUGCAUCGUGAUGUCAAGACUGAAAAUAUGUUACUGGAUACCAAUCGAAAACUAAAAAUUGCUGAUUUUGGUGUUGCACGUGUCGAGGCUCAGAAUCCCAGGGACAUGACUGGUGAAACUGGAACCCUAGGCUACAUGGCUCCAGAGGUCCUUGAUGGUAAGCCAUACAACAGAAGAUGUGAUGUUUAUAGCUUUGGCAUAUGCUUAUGGGAAAUAUACUGCUGUGACAUGCCAUAUGCUGAUCUUAGCUUUGUCGACGUGUCCUCCGCUGUUGUUCGACAGAAUCUACGACCUGAAAUUCCUCGGUGUUGUCCAAGUUCUUUGGCAAAUAUAAUGAGGAAAUGUUGGGAUGCAAACCCAGAUAAGCGACUGGAGAUGUACGAGGUCGUGAAGCUCUUGGAGGCAAUAGAUACCAGCAAAGGUGGUGGCAUGGUACCUGAAGAUCGGGCUGCUGGCUGCCUCUGCUUUUCCCUGGCUCGUGGUCCAUAAUUCAUUUAUCGGACAGCCCUUGUUUUUUGAAUCCUUUUAUCACAACAAGAGACAAGGAGCACUGAAUAGCAAUUGCCUACUUGCAUAAAGGUCAUUGCCUCAGACUUGUGUGGGUCGAGUCAAAUGACUGGAAAGAUGCUAUGUACUUAAAUAUCCAUGCCAUUUUUAAAUAUCGACCUUGGCGCAUAAGUUAUUUUUGCAUGAAUACAAAUCACAAUUUAUCCA